CGACGCGUCACAUUAACGACACUUCAUAGCCCCAACCUCCGAGGAAACAAAAACCUUAUAAUUAGGGUUUGAGAGAGGCGAGCAAGCACAGACUACAGACGAAAAUUUCAAUGGCGUCGAAGGUUACUCUGAAGAGCAAGGGCAAAACGACGAAUAAGGGCUCCAAAGGCUCUGAUGAGCGCUCGGUGGCCCAGUCCGUGAAGGAGUGGAGCACGUGGGCCAUGAAGAAGGCCAAGGUCGUCACCCACUACGGCUUCAUUCCCCUGAUCAUCGUCAUCGGCAUGAACUCGGAGCCUAAGCCACAGCUUUCUCAGCUUCUUAGCCCCGUCUGAUCUGAUCGGUUUGGAUCUUUCAAAUUCCAAUAUGGGUUUUUGGUAUUAUCUCUAGUGGGUUAUGGUUCGGUGCCUAUUUGUCGAAUCUACAUCUUAUGGUUCAGGUUACUGUUUAGGGUUUUGUUCUACAUGUUACGGAGGUAUUAGCUUUAGUAAUUGGGUGUAAGGAAUUUUAUGUAUGCUUUUGCUUAAACUGACGAAUGGGCACUUUUCAAUGAGGAUUUUGCCUUUGUAGUUGAAUUUAUUGAAUAUAUAAGAAUUUGGGCUUUGUGCUUCCAAA